AUGCAGACAUUCCAAAAACCGGAGAACGCUCUGAAGAGAGCAGAAGAACUGCAGUUCAUUGGACAAAAUGAAGACGCCCUCCAAAUUCUUCACGCAGCCAUAGGGCACAGAACAUUUCGACUACAAGGAUGGCACAUACUGCAAGAACAAAUUAUGCUGAGGUAUAUCGAAUUCUGCCUAUACCUAGAGAAGUUAAGCUUAGUAAAAGAUGGCUUGCAUCAGUAUAGAAUUAUUUGUCAGCAUGGAAACAUUGCAUCGUUAGGAAAAGUGAUCACUGAUUUUAGAGACAAGGCUGAGGAGAAAGUUCGAUUGGCCAAGGAGAAUAUGAACCUAAAUAAAGAAAAAAUAGAACAAGAUGAAAGCAACGUUGAUUUUACAGAAAAAAUUUUAAUAUCCUCCUUGGACAUUGAAAUAUCGGGAAAGUAUGAGAGGAAGUUGCAAAAUUCGUUUAGGAUAUGUAUGGAAACGUAUAAGAUGAUUUUGGAAAUAUUGAGGGCCACCCCCAAGUUGGAGAAGGCUUACCAUGAAACGGCAAAAAAGGCUCUCAUUUUCUGUAAAGAAAAUAAAAGAUUGACAGAAUUUAAAAAGCUAAGUGAUUUGUUAAGGAAUCACUACAAUUUAAUUUUAAGGGGAAAACACAAACCAGAAUAUCAGUCUUUACUUAAAAUUGAGUACCACCUAGAAACAAAAAUAAUUCAGUUGGAAGCGGCGUGCGAACUGGGUAUGUGGAAGGAGGCAUCAAACAUUGCAGAGGAUAUUUACAAUUUGAAUAUGCACGAUUAUUUUUAUCGAACGCUGAGGGCUAACAUCGUAGAGGCGGAAGCCGCUGCCGCAGGGGAAGGUUCCACGCGUAAGGCAGACAAAGAGAAGGGGCCUUUAAAAAGCGAUAGCAAUGAGGCUAACAAAAAGGGAAAGGAUGAAAGCAAACAGGAGGAGGAGGGAGAUUCAUCUAACGUAGAAAAGAAAGAUGGAACGAACGAAACGAAAGAUACCAAAGUGGAAGGUGCACACACCGUUGCACAUGUAAAUGAAAGUAGCGGAAAUGUAAAUUAUGCAUUAGCCAAAUCGAGGGAAAAUUUAAAAAACUGGAUUGGAACGUUUUACCAAAGAAUGGCAGAUAUCCUAUUUGUGUACGAUAGCGAACUGUUUCAUGGCCUGGCCUGGUUAAAGUACUGUUUCCACAUUCUAAAUUACAGUAAAAACAUCCCAGAGGAGGAGAAAACCUUCAUAUGCACGAAGGCCGUCUUAGCUGUCAUAUCCAUUCCGCUAGUUGGAAAUAAAAAGAAAAAUGAAGAUUAUGCCAAGAUAUUUGAAGCACAUAAGAAAAUGUCCCAGUUGUUAGGCCACACCAGCGUACCAAUAAAGGAGUCUUUAAAAAAUGGACUAAAAGUAAGAAACAUUAUAAGUUAUGCGGAUGAAAGUGUGCAGAAGUUGUAUUCCCUGGUGGAAAAUCAGUUCACCCCGUUAAGCUUAUGUCUAGAGUGCGAUGUGCUGCUGAAGGAGUUGGAGAAUACGGAGCAUAAGGUGUACAUAGGCAAAAUUAAGGAAGUGAUUUUCCACAAGUUAAUUUUGCAACUCUCCAAGGUGUACAGUCAUAUUUCCAUCGAUUAUUUUAUCGAGAAUAUUUGCCCUGAAUCUUUCAUCCCAUGGAAUGAGGCAGAAACGAUGUUAGUCGACUUGGUUUAUCAAAAGGAGAUAGAAAUGAGAAUCGACCUAAUUAAAAAAGCCAUUUAUUUUGGAGAUAAGGAAAAUACAAACAGCAGCAAAUUAAUCAAGGAGUCACUGACAAAUCUGUACCAUGAAUUACAAACCGGUUUGAAAAUGAUAAACGAAACGAUUUCCAUCGAAAAUGAAGUGGAGCAUCUACACAUGAAAAAGCUCACGUAUGAAAAAGAAUUUGAUAUGCUAGAUAGAGGUCACCAUAAAAUAAUGAAUUACGAAACAGCCAACAUUGAAGAUAUAAUCGACAAUGAAGUUUUUGAGGAUAAACCAAUUGAAGACGAAAAACUACUCAAAAAGAUUUACGACAAAAUUGACGAAGAACAUCACAAGUUCCAACUGAUAAGUGAAGAAAACAGCAGGAAGAGAAAGGAGCUACUGAGGAAGCAGAAAGAACUAGAACAAGCACAAUUAAAAUUGAAGAUGGAGAAAAAAUUACUAGAAGAAAAAUUAGAAAAGGAAAAAAGAGAGGAACUAGCCAAAAAAGGAGAAAAACUAAGAAUUAAAGAAGAAAAAACGAAGAAAAAAUCAGAAGCAGCUGAACAAAUGUUAAAGGAAAUUAAAAAAUUAUGUACUAACAAUACAGGCAAAAUUUUAAUGAAAGGAAAAUACCUUGACGAAAUUACCAUUGAAGAUAUACUUAACGGUUACGUAGAUUUUGAAGAUAUUGAAGAGGCACAAGAAAAGUUAAGACUAAAUGAAAGGAAUGAAAUUAUCAAAGUUAGGAAAAUGGAAUAUAAAAAAGUGGAUCAUUAUUUUAGAGCUUUAAGACAAGUUGAACUGAGCCAUAUGAACAAAUGGAUAGCCCUCGUUUUCCAGGAGGACACAGAAAUUUUGCUACAGGAACAGAAAGCAGCGGAGGAAGAACAGAAAGCCGACUUCGAAGCUGCACUCAAGGAAAAGGAGGAAUACGUCAAAUUCUCCAAAGAUAUUGAAGAAUUUACCAAGAGCGAAAUGAAAGAUAGAAUUGUGGAAUUUGAAAAGAAUUUGAAAGAUCAGAAGAAUCGCCUACAUCAAUUACUAAAGGAUGAAAAGAUCCAAAGGGCAAAGGACAGGAGAGAACAACAUUUAAGAAAACUCAAAGCGGAAGAAGAAAGGAAAAGAAGGGAGGAAGAAGAGGAAAGAUUAAUGAAGGAAGAAAUGGAAAGGAAAAAGAAAGAAGAAGCCCAUAGGAAGAAACUUGACGAGAUUAGCAGAAUUCAAAGGGAAAGAGACUUAGAAAUUGAACAACAACUCUUAAAGAGAAAAGAAGAAUCCAGAAAUGGAGAUAAAUAUUAUAGGAAAUCUUCCUACGAAGAGGACUUCGCAUGGAAAAGGGGUGAUAAUAAGGCAGGCUCCCAACAUGACGAGGAUAAUAAUUAUAAACGACUCGACGAUGCGCAGGAUAGCUCCUACAUGGAUAGGUCGGACAGACGUGAAAGGAGAGAUUGGUCAAGCAGGGACAAGGAAAGAGACAGAGAACGGGAACGCGAACGGGAGAGCGAACGAGACAGGAUGUACAGAAAAGAUAAGGAAUACAGGAGAGACAGGUCGAAAGACAGAGAAAUGGAGAGACCUAGGGACAGAGAUAGAGAAUACCGAAAGGAAAGGGAUUACAGGGCAGACAGAGACAGAGAAUAUAGAAGUUAUCGAGAUAAGGAAAGAGACAGGGACAGAGACUACAGAGGAGACCGAUAUAGGGACUACAGAAGGGACGAUUACCACAGAAGAGAUAGGGAUUAUAAAAACGACCGAGAUGAUAAACUAGACAGGGACUAUAAAAAAGGUGAAAGAAGUGGCAAAAGCGAACAGGAAAGGAGAAGAGACAAGGACGAAGAAGAAUAUGAAAGAAACGAUUCGGACGUAAAGAAAAACCAUGACAUGCAUGACGAAGGGGAUAGUGCAAAGGUGGAGAAAGGCAAAGAAGGCCACUCAGAUAACGAUUCUGACGGGGCCAACCACCAUCAUGUGAAGGAGAAAGAAAAAAUGACCAACGGGAAAGAUAUAACAAAAACCGAACAGGUGAAGAAUGAAGAAGGUUCCGAUGGAGGCGGGGACUUCACUGUAUUCAAGAAGAAAAAAAGAGGCUUUAUGAAAUUCUUUUGA